AUGGCUAGCAUCGGAAGGAUCACUACACGGAUCACCAGGAUCUCAUCACCUCACCACGUCCUCCGUCGCAGCAUCCUCCAACCCGCUACUGCGCGGUUCCUUACCACAACUCCCCGCACCUUCCACUCCCACAACUCUUUCAACGAUACCACCGCCGCCAACAACAACAACAACAACAACAACAACAACAAAGAAGACGCGAUCUACACGGUGAACAAGGAAGAAAUCGCGAAAUUCGCCGCAAUGUCUGACGAAUGGUGGGCUCCCCAGGGGCCCUUCAAGAUGCUGCAUCUCAUGAACCCACCCCGGAUCCGGUAUAUCCGUAACCGGCUCCAGGCCUCUGGUGCUUUGUCCAAGAAUGGUGCUUUUGGCGCUGAGAGUGGGAAGGAGGAGUUUUCAGUGGGAAGGUUUCCAUUGCAAGGACUUUCCAUCUUGGAUGUUGGGUGUGGCGGUGGACUUCUUGCUGAGGCAUUGGCGAGAUUGGGGGCAAAGGUAACGGGAUUGGACGCGUCGAUCGAGAACAUACAAAUGGCACGGAUCCACGCCAAGAAGGACCCCCUUCUCAACGGCGUCUCUGCACCCGGAUCCCUCGAGUACCGCCAUCAGACCGCCGAGCAAUUGCUGGAACAGGGACAGCAAUUUGAUGUGGUCUGCUCGAUGGAAGUCAUUGAACAUGUCGAGAACCCCGCAGGGUUCCUCAAAGUCCUCGGCCAACUCAUCAAGCCGGAAGGAGAUUUGAUCCUCUCAACAAUCUCGCGUACACCGCUCUCCUACUUUUUAACAAUCUUUGCCGCAGAACAUGUCAUGCGCAUGGUCCCCGUGGGGACCCACCAUUGGUCGAAAUACAUCAACCCCGAUGAACUCCACAAGGGCGUUGAAGAGCUUUCAAAAUGUGAGGUCUUGAAUAUUCAAGGCAUCGGAUUUAACCCCCUUUCGGGACAAUGGGAACUUACACGGAGUCGGGAUGGUAGUGGUAGCGCGGAGGCUGGGUUGUUGGGGUUGCUGGGGCCACCACUGGCGGAGGCUUCGAAUUAUUUCUUGGCUGCCAAAAAGCCUGCCGCUGCCACUGUCGCUGCUGACGGGUCUUCAUAG